AUGUGUGGUAUUUUCGGAUACAUCAACUACCUGGUGGAGAAGGACCGCAAGUUCAUCCUCGACACUCUUGUCAACGGUCUGUCCCGUCUCGAGUACCGUGGAUAUGACUCUGCUGGUCUAGCCAUCGACGGCGACAAGAAGAAGGAGGUUCUCGCUUUCAAGGAGGUUGGCAAGGUCGCCAAGCUCCGAAAGCUCAUUGACGAGUCCGACCUCGACCUCGAGAAGAUCUUUGAUUCACAUGCCGGUAUUGCCCACACCCGAUGGGCUACUCACGGUCCUCCUUCCACCACCAACUGCCAUCCCCACCGAUCUGACGUCAACUGGGAGUUCACCGUUGUCCACAAUGGUAUCAUCACCAACUACAAGGAGUUGAAGACUCUUCUCCAGGCAAAGGGCUUCAAGUUCGAGACCGAGACCGACACUGAGUGCAUUGCAAAGCUCACCAAGUACAUCCACGACCAGCACCCCUCCAUUGGCUUCACCGACCUUGCCAAGGCCGUGAUCCAGGAGCUCGAGGGCGCUUAUGGCCUUCUCAUCAAGUCCGUCCACUACCCCCAUGAAGUCAUCGCCGCCCGAAAGGGUUCUCCUCUCGUCAUCGGUGUCAAGACCGAGCGUCGCAUGAAGGUCGACUUUGUCGAUGUUGAAUAUUCUGAUGAGAACGCUGCCCUCCCCGCCGAGGCUGCUUCCCAGAAUGUUGCCAUCAAGAAGAACGACCUUCUGUCUCCUGACGCUGGCCUUCUCGGUGCCGCCGACAAGUCUCUUCUCCACCGAUCUCAGUCUCGUGCCUUCAUGACUGAUGAUGGCAUGCCCAUGCCCACUGAGUUCUUCCUCUCCUCUGACCCUUCGGCCAUUGUCGAGCACACCAAGAAGGUCAUGUACCUCGAGGACGACGACAUUGCCCACAUCCACGAGGGCUCCCUCAACAUCCACCGCCUCAAGAAGGCUGAUGGCAGCUCCAACGUCCGAACCAUCCAGACCCUUGAGCUCGAGCUCCAGGAGAUCAUGAAGGGCAAAUUCGACCACUUCAUGCAAAAGGAGAUUUUCGAGCAGCCCGAGUCGGUCGUCAACACCAUGCGUGGUCGUCUCGACAUUGCCAACAAGACCGUCACCCUUGGCGGUCUCCGCUCUUACAUCUCUACCAUUCGCCGAUGCCGCCGCAUCAUCUUCAUUGCCUGCGGUACUUCUUACCACUCUUGCAUGGCUGUUCGUGGUGUCUUUGAGGAGCUUGCUGAGAUCCCGAUCGCCGUUGAGCUGGCUUCCGAUUUCCUCGACCGACAGGCCCCUGUCUUCCGUGACGACACCUGCGUCUUCGUCUCUCAGUCUGGUGAGACUGCCGACUCCCUCAUGGCUCUCCGCUACUGCUUGGAGCGUGGUGCCCUGACUGUCGGUAUUGUUAACGUUGUCGGCUCCUCAAUCUCUCUCCUCACCCACUGUGGUGUCCACAUUAACGCCGGUCCCGAGAUUGGUGUCGCCUCUACCAAGGCCUACACCUCUCAGUUCAUCGCCAUGGUCAUGUUUGGUCUGUCCCUGAGCGAGGACCGUGCUUCCAAGAAGGCUCGCCGCGAGGAGAUCAUGGAGGGUCUCUCCAACGUCUCUGCCCAGAUCAAGUCCAUCCUCGAGCUUGACUCCUCCAUCAAGAAGCUUUGCGAGAACUUCAAGAACCAGAAGUCUCUCCUCCUCCUCGGUCGUGGCAGCCAGUUCUCCACUGCUCUUGAGGGUGCCCUCAAGAUUAAGGAAAUCUCCUACCUUCACUGUGAAGCCGUCAUGUCCGGUGAGCUGAAGCACGGUGUCCUGGCUCUGGUUGACGAGAACCUCCCCAUUAUCAUGAUCCUCACCCGUGAUGAUCUGUUCAAGAAGUCACUCAACGCCUAUCAGCAGGUUAUUGCUCGCGGUGGUAAGCCCAUCGUUAUCUGCAACCCCUCUGAUGAGGAGUUCAAGUCUUCUGAAGCCGAGAAGAUCGAGAUCCCCAAGACGGUCGACGUUCUCCAAGGUCUCCUCAACGUUAUCCCUCUCCAGCUCAUUGCCUACUGGCUUGCCGUUCUUGAGGGUCUCAACGUUGAUUUCCCUCGUAACCUGGCCAAAUCGGUCACUGUCGAGUAA